AUGGACGGGUUGCCUGUCCGAGUUGACGAUGAAGAAAACUGGGACUUUCUGUACAUUCCCUCAUCACGCGUUGAGCAACCAUGUGAGUGGAUCAAUUGGCUUAUUGGCCUAGGAAGCGAGAUUUCGACGCUGACAGAAGGUUCAAAACAUAGACGCUCAUGGACUGCCGUCAGCUUUGCAUUGAGAAGGCACGUUUUGGUGUUUUUGGAGGAUGACACAGAGAUCCUUGCUCUGAAUCAUAUCAUUCUGUUUGAGGAUGGCAAUCUUCGGGAAAUGUUUGAUGGAGGUCUAUGGAUGAAAGUAGUCAACAGCAUUGAGAAGCAAUUUGUCUUAUAUCAACUCUCAAAUGAUGAUAUCUUGCGAUGUCACAUGAUGUCUAGGGUAAUGUUUCUGGGACAUGUUGAGAAUUUUCUUUCCUCUGAGCUGAAAAAUUCCCGAAACAUUGGUGGAAACAGUCCGCAUGCUGCACACGAGUCACUUCUGCGGGAAUGGCAGACAGGCUGA